UCGGGUAUGAGUCUCUCGUGACACGCCAGGCCUUUCAAGAUGGUGGUUACUGUAUUGCUAUGUGUCUGUAUGACGAGUUAAUAACGAAACUGUUUAAGAUUUUAGCGUAAACAUUCGUCAGUUUACUUUUCGUGUAGUUGAUAAAACGUUUUUGGGUAUCUGGACAUAUCUCCAUACCAGUUAUAUAUUGUCAUAUUUGUUGUAGACGAGACGCAGGGGUAAUCUGCUGGACAGAUAGCUAUAGCUUACGUCAAAACAUAGUAGCAGAUGGUGAUAACUUUUAUGAAACAAUCUAGGAUGUUUAGGAACGUUUUCUUUUUUUGAAGGAUCAAAAUGUCACUCAGAGAGUUGAAAGUGUGCUUGCUUGGGGACACUGGGGUUGGAAAGUCAAGUAUUGUGUGCAGAUUUGUGGAGGACAGCUUUGAUCCCAAUAUUAAUCCUACAAUUGGUGCGUCAUUUAUGACGAAGACAGUACAGUACCAAAAUGAGCUCCAUAAGUUUCUUAUUUGGGACACAGCAGGACAAGAAAGGUUUCGUGCCCUUGCUCCCAUGUACUACAGAGGCUCAGCUGCAGCCAUCAUUGUUUAUGACAUUACAGAAGAGGAGUCCUUUCUAACUUUGAAGAAUUGGGUAAAGGAGCUUCGUCAGCAUGGACCGCCCAGCAUAGUGAUGGCCAUUGCUGGCAACAAAUGUGAUCUCUCUGAUGCCAGGGAGGUACUGGAGAAAGAUGCCAAGGACUAUGCUGACUCUAUCCAUGCUAUUUUUGUUGAAACUAGUGCCAAAAAUGCCAUUAACAUCAGUGAACUCUUCAACGAGAUAAGUCAGAAGAUUCCACUUUUAGACACAAGUGACUCAGGUGUAAGGGGCUUGAAACUGCGACGUGAGCAAUCAGACUUAACCAGGGAACGUAUUUGCUGCUAAUACAUAAUUAGGCCAAAUCAAUUUCUACCUUUUUUCACUUCAUUACUAAGAAACAGAAUGGAUUACAGUGAAAUUAUAAUGGGAUCACAUCUUAUGACAUCACCAUCUUGGAAUUUUCCUCUGUCUAAACCCCAAAAACGGAGCACUUAGCACUUUUUUUUUUUGCGCAAAGUUCUGUUCAUUGCAUUGCUGUCCAGAGUCCUUGUUACAACAGAAACUGAUGCUCUGUCUGAGGCUAACAAAAAUGAAGUAGACUGUGGUAUACUAGCUCUGUCUCUCGGGCCUUAAGUCAUGUUCUACAGUACUUCGUGUGUAUUUUUUUGUAAAUCUCAACAUUUAAAAGGAAAAUGGAAAAAAAUAGACACUGUUUUUUCCUGUUGAGAAAUCAAAAUGUUCCUCUGAUUCUCUGUUCCUCUGUAACCUUUUUAAAUUUUCUUGUUGAUUGGGGAUGAGAAAUAACUCAGAAAAUUGUACAAAAAAGAAACUAAUCUAUCUACUCUGAGACUGGGGGGCAACGUUUAUCUGAAGAAUUAUUGCUCAUGUUUUUUUUCUUGUGGUAAAGUCCUUUUACCCCCUCUUUCAGAUUGCAUCAAGAAAAUUCAUUGUCCUGAUUUCAACUGUAUGAUUUACAUAAUGAAUAUACAUUUUCAUAUAGUUCCAAAUUGGAUACAUGAAACUAGCAGAAUCAGUGUUGAUCAUCUUUUUUAGUGAGAGUGUUAUCCAUCCAUUAUCUGUAACCGCUUAUCCUGGGCUAUCCUUAUCCUGGAACCUAUCCCAGCUGACUAUGGGCGAGAGGUGGGGUACACCCUGGACAAGUCGCCAAGUCAUCACAGGGCUGACACACAGAGACAACCAUUCACACUCACAUUGAGUGUUAUGUUACUCUUAAAUGGUAGACUUCAAUCAAUUUAAGUCACACAUACCCAGUAUAAAUGUACUAUCAGGAGAUCAGAGGGAGUACACUGUCGUUUUAGUAUUUUCCCUGCUCCCAGUACACCUGAUUCAACUAAUCGGCUAAUUACUGUAAUUAUGGCACUACAUCAGUGUCAAAAUUAGAGAACAAUAAAACACAAAGUUAAAUAUAUAAACCUGCUAGUUUUAACAUUUCAUGUGUGUUAUGAAAUGUGAGCUUACAUAUGUGUGUUACAUAUGUGUGUUAUGAAAUGUGAGCUCUUACAUAUGUGAGCUCAAAUGUGAAACGUGAACACAGGCUGUAGUCUACAUCAUUUUAUCUGAGCAAAGUGACACCAUGUUGAAGCAGGGGAGUUGGAGCAGAUGAGCUGGAAAGCAAAUGGUGUUUCUCAAUAAAAAAAUAAAACUGUUAAGCUUGACUAUUAAAUUAUUAUAUGUUUGGUUGUAAAUUUGCCAUAGUUUGCUUUUAACCUACCUGUGAACGUUCUUCCUAGUCUGCCAUCUGUGUCUUCAGGAGAAGCUUUUCAUAGUGUGCAGCCAUUCACAAAACCAGGAAUCAUCAGCCAAUAGCAUUUGCUGACAGAAAUGGCCAAUGACACCCCCCCCCAAAAAAAAAAAAAAAAAAAAACUGUCAAAACUCAAGUGCAAAAUUUUCACUUGAUCAUAGAGAGCAGCCAAAGAUAAUCUACUUGGAACAUGAGGACUGCUAUUAAAUUGAGAAGGAGUUGAGCAUUAUAUACUAUGAUUCAAGAAGUUUGAGCACUAUAUACUAUGAUAAAUAUGCAUGUAAUUCUUCUUUCUGUGCUUGAGUUUCACUUCUGCGUAUGUAAAUGGGAUAUUUACGAAUGUGAAAUGUUAAUUUUUUCACCUCUGUAUUUUAGCAUCCUCUAUUUUUGAUAUUGAUAUGGUACCACAAUUGGCAGUUGAACUGGGUGUGUUUGAGUAGGGAAAUAUUAAAUUGUGUAGGACAGGGGUACUCCAGGGCCAGGGUGAUUUAACCUAUUUCAAAUGAAUUAACCUAUUUCUAAUAAAUCACAUUCACUUCCUUCUAAUUCCACAGUAUUUCCGCUAAGACUUUUUGGUGCCUAUAUGGUGUCUGGGAAUGUUGCAAUUAAAAAAAUUAGUAUAAUUAUGGUAAUAUAUUAAUUGCAGCAAAACACUGAAAUUUUGGACUAUAAACACCAAGUAAAAUUAACUUUUAAUUAUUUUUUUUAAAAUAAAUGCCUUCAAGCAUCAAUGAACUGAAGCGAUGCUGUAAAGAAGAGUGGCCCAAAUUUCUCCAAAAUGAUGGUAGAGACUGAUACACUUGUACAUAAAAUAUUUCCUGCAAGUUAUUUUGGCUAAAGGUGAUUCUACAUGUUACUGAAUUCUAGGGUAUGUUCAUUCUUCUCCAUCUCGUUUACUUUUUGGGGAAAACAAAUGACUUCAUAUUGAAA